GCGUCGGCGGCUGCCAGUCUGUGGAGAGUCCUGCUGCCCUCCAGCCGGGCUCCUCCACUGGGCCUUGCAGGGGCCGAGAGAGCUCGGUGCCCGCCCUUCCGCUCGCCGUUUUCCUCAGCCGGCUGGAGCAGCAUCGUUCCGGGAGGUCUCUGGGCUGAGGCGGCGGCAGUUCCUCUAGUUCCACCAUGUCCGCGGGCGGAGACUUCGGUAAUCCGCUGAGGAAAUUCAGGCUGGUGUUCCUGGGGGAGCAAAGCGAGUCUUGCUGUGUUGCCCAGGCUGGAGUGCAGUGGCACGAUCUUGGCUCACGACAAACUCCACCUUCCAGGUUCAAGCGAUUCUCCUCCCUCAGCCUCCUGAGUAGCUGGGACUACGGGCACGCACCACCACGCCCAGCUAAUACCCAGGAAAAGGAGAAGAUUAAAGAAGCCAAGGAUGCCCGCUAUACCAAUGGGCACCUCUUCACCACCAUCUCAGUUUCAGGCAUGACCAUGUGCUAUGCCUGUAACAAGAGCAUCACAGCCAAGGAAGCCCUCAUCUGCCCAACCUGUAACGUGACUAUCCACAACCGCUGUAAAGACACCCUUGCCAGCUGUACCAAGGUCAAGCAGAAGCAACAGAAAGCGGCCCUGCUGAAGAACAACACUGCCUUGCAGUCCGUCUCUCUUCGAAGUAAGAAGGGGCUGAGGUGGAGUGAGAGGAUGCCUCAUUCCUCACUGAGGAGCCUGGGAGGCCUCAAUCCUGGGAAGCACCAGAGUCUGAUGUUUGCCUGCUGGGCAUCUCUCCCCCACAACAACCAUCCGGGAGCGGCCAAGCUCGGCCAUCUACCCCUCCGACAGCUUCCGCAGUGCCUCCUAGGCUCCCGCCAUGGCCGCUCCCCCUUGUCUUUAGCCAAGAGUGUUUCCACCACCAACAUUGCUGGACAUUUCAAUGAUGAGUCUCCCCCGGGGCUGCGCUGGAUCCUCUCACAGUCCACAGACUCCCUCAACAUGCGGAACCGAACCGUAUCCGUGGAAUCCCUCAUUGACGAAGAUGUCCAGCAGAGGUAAUCUACAACGAGCUGAUGAGUGACUUUGAGAUGGAUGAGAAGGACUUUGCAGCUGACUGCUGGAGCCUUGCUGUGGACAGCAGCUUCCUGCAGCAGCAAAAAAAGGAGGUGAUGAAGCAGCAGGAUGUCAUCUCUAUGCUGGAGGCUUGCUGUAUUGCCCAAGCUGGUCUGGAGCUCCUUCCACCUCAGCCUCCCAGGGUGCCAGGAUUACAGGUGUGAGCCACCAUGCCUAGCCUGGACUACAAAUUUAAAAAAGAAAAAAAAUACACACACACACACACACACACACAUAUAUAUAAAACAAGGUAACAGGAUUUUUAAAAAUAAUCUCGGAGAUCUUUCUAAGCAUGAAACAAAAUCUAGAAAUCAAAUAUUAAUAAACUUAGCUAUAUAAAAAGUUAAAAUUUCUGUUCAACACGAAAUAAGUAAAGUUAAGGAAUGGAUGACAAGUACAAAGCAUACGUAACAAAUGCUAAUUUCCUUAACAUACAAUAACUAUAUUAAAACCUCUUUCUAAGCUCCUCUGAGAACAGCAGAUGAUUUGAGGGGGAAAAAUUCUCCGCUGCAGGACUGGGAAGAUUUGGUGGUAGCUGAUCUGUUGUUGGUUUAAGGAGCCAUAGAUAUUUCUUGAUCCUGGACUGAUUCUCAGUUUGUCCCCUUAUUCUCUCCUUUUGCCUCCUAGAAUAUGCGCGAUCCCCACUACUCAUCUUUCUUUGAGAAAUUCUCUCCUGAUAAAGCCACUGGCAGUAAGGGGUAAAAUACAUUCUCAGAGGGCUCUCAUCUCUUCUUGUUCCUCAACAGGCAAUAAUCCUUUUGAGGUUUUCUUUUUUUCUUUUGAAAAAAAAAAAUCCUUUCCCCUUCCCUUUUGAAGUUUUCUAACUGUGACUAUAUAGAGAGAGAGACAGGCAGCAAAAAUAGCCAGCAAAGAGGAAGAGCAUAGAGUUCCAUAAAGUUUUUUUGUUUGUUUUGUUGUUUUUUGUUUUCUUUUUUUUUUUUGAGAUAGAGUCUCAUUCUGUAACCCAGGAUGGAGUGCAGUGGUGCAAUCUCAGAUCUCAGCUCACUGCAACUUCCACCUCCCAGGUUCAAGUGAUUCUCCUGCCUCAGCCUCUUGAGUAACUGGGAUUACAGGCACACGCCACCACGCCCAGCUAAUUUUUCUAUUUUCAGUAGAGUCGGGGUUUCACCAUGUUGGUCAGGCUGGUAUCAAACUGACCUCAUGAUCCGCCCACCUCGGCCACCCAAAGUACUGGCAUUGCAGGCGUGAGCCACCGCGCCUGGCCAUAAAGUUUUACAAAACAUCUAACUUAAUUUAUUUGUGCUGAUCUGAAAACAGCCUCCAACAAAUAUCGUUAAGUGAACAACAACAAAAACCAAAACCAAAAGUGUAGAACAGUAUGUAGGUAUGCUACUACUGGAUUAAAAAAUAGGGUCUUGGCCAGGUGCGGUGUCUCACGCCUGUAAUCCCAGCACUUUGGGAGGCUGAGGCAGGCAGAUCACGAGGUCAGGAGUUCAAAACCAGCCUGACCAGCAUGGUGAAACCCCAUCUCUACUAAAAAUACAAAAAUUAGCUGGGCAUGGUGGUGCACGCCUGUAAUCCCAGUUACUCAGGAGGCUGAAGCCGGAGAAUCUCUUGAACCCGGGAGGCGGAGGCUGCAGUGAGCCGAGAUCAUGCCACUGCACUCCAGCCUGGGUGUCAGACCCAGACUCCGUCUCAAAAAAAAAAAAAGCGGGGGGGGUCUUUAUAUACAUAUACAUUGUGGUAGACCCAGAUAGCCAUAGUGGUAGCAUGUGUCUGUAGUCCCAGCUACUCAGAAGGCUGAGGCAGGAGGAUUGCUUGAGACCAGGAGUUUGAGGCUGUAGUGCAAAUAGCUGCUGCACUUCAGCAUAGGCAACAUAAGGAGAUCCUGUCUCUAAAUUAAAAAAGAAAAGAUAG